UUGUCCAAAGCGCCGGCAGACAUGGACAUGGCAGACUACAGCGAGGCUCUGGACCCAGCCUACACCACGCUGGAGUUCGAAAACAUGCAAGUGCUCCCCUUGGGCACAGACUCCUCACCGGCUGAGAGCGCCAACAUGAACGCCAGCAGCCACCUGGGGGCGGGCAGCCUGUGUGCCAUAUGUGGAGACAGAGCCACGGGCAAACACUACGGGGCGUCCAGCUGUGACGGCUGCAAGGGCUUCUUCAGACGCAGCGUCCGCAAAAACCACAUGUACUCGUGCAGGUUCAACAGACAAUGCGUUGUGGACAAAGACAAGCGAAAUCAGUGCAGAUACUGCAGGCUGAAGAAAUGCUUCAGAGCCGGCAUGAAGAAAGAAGCUGUGCAGAACGAACGAGACAGAAUCAGCACCAGGAGAUCCAGCUAUGAAGACAGCAGUUUACCAUCCAUCAACGCACUCAUCCAGGCAGACGUGCUGUCGAGACAGAUCACCUCCCCUGCUCCCAUACUGAACGGCGACAUCAGGACCAAAAAGAUCGCCACCAUCACAGACGUGUGCGAGUCCAUGAAGCAGCAGCUGCUGGUGCUGGUGGAGUGGGCCAAGUACAUCCCAGCCUUCUGUGACCUGCCCCUGGAUGACCAGGUGGCGCUGCUGCGAGCUCACGCUGGAGAACAUCUCUUGCUCGGCGCUGCAAAGAGGUCCAUGCUAUACAAAGACAUCCUCUUAUUAGGAAAUGACUACAUCAUUCCCAGAAACUGCCCGGAGUUGGAGGUGGGCAGGGUGGCAGUGAGAAUCCUGGAUGAGCUGGUGCUUCCCUUCCAGGAGCUCCAGAUAGACGACAACGAAUACGCCUGCUUGAAAGCCAUCGUUUUCUUUGACCCAGAUGCUAAAGGUCUGAGUGACCCUGGAAAGAUCAAGCGGAUGCGCUACCAGGUCCAGGUCAGCCUGGAGGACUACAUCAACGACAGGCAGUACGACUCCCGGGGCCGCUUCGGGGAGCUGCUGCUGCUGCUGCCGACGCUACAGAGCAUCACCUGGCAAAUGAUCGAGCAGAUCCAGUUCGUCAAACUCUUUGGCAUGGCCAAGAUCGACAACCUGCUCCAAGAAAUGCUUCUCGGAGGUUCUGCCAAUGAGGCUCCACACGCACCUCACUCUCUGCACCCUCACCUGGUCCACGAGCACCUCAGCAGCAAUGUUAUAGUGGCCAGCAGCAUGCCGACGCCGAUCCAUAAUGGUCAAAUCUGUAAGUACACAGCACAUCAGUACAAAACGUCCACUCCUGAAACCCCAAUCCCGUCUCCACCUACUGCCUCCAGCUCAGAACAUUAUAAAAUGGCUCAGGGGGUCAUAGCCACCGUGCCCAAGCAGCCGACCUCCAUCCCUCAGCCUACUAUUACAAAGCAAGAGGCCAUCUAACAGUCCUCUGAGUCCUUAUUCCUUCAGUUUUUUUUAUUGUGUUAAAUCAGGGUCUUUAUAUGUACGUUUAUACACAAUCAGCAUCGAAGCUGUUAACUUGACUGAAACAAUAAAGUAGCUAAAUACGUCAAAUGUAAUUGCAGUGAUGUCCCUUGCAGAUUGCUGUUUUUCUUCAGGGAUCUAUU